AUGGCACCCAGAGGCUUGAGGCUGUUCCUCCUGCUGAGCUGGGCAGCCAGCUCCGAAGUCCUGGGUGAUGUCCUCAUGAGACCCAGCUGUGCUGCCGGAUGGUUUUACUUCAAGUCCAGUUGCUAUGGAUACUUUCGGAAGCUGAGGAACUGGGGUGAUGCUGAGUUUGAGUGUCAAUCAUAUGGAAAUGGAACCCACCUGGCAUCUGUCCUGAGUCAAAAGGAAGCUAGCGUCAUAUCAAAGUACAUAAAUGGCUAUCAAAGAUGCCAGCCCGUAUGGAUUGGCCUGCAUAACUCUAAGGAUCAGCAGUGGCAGUGGCUGGACGGGGCCACAUACCUGUACAGGUCCUGGAGUGGCCGGUCCUCCGGUGAGAACGAGCACUGUGGUGAGAUGAGCUACGAGAAAAACUUUUUAGCUUGGAACAAAAAUGACUGCAACAAGAGCCAACACUUCCUGUGCAAAUAUCGACCAUAAAGCAAGAAUCAAGAUUCUGCCAACCCUUGUACCAGCCUCUUUCCUGAUACCAGCUACUUUGCCACGCUGGCAAAAUCCAAUCAUUACCCCAGAAAGUAAACAUAGCAGAAGAUAAUGAUGAGGCCUCUAUUCUACUGACUUUGAUAGGCUUGGAGAUGAGCUCUCAGCCUUGGUGUGCUAGUGGCUUGUAAUGUUGUCUUCACCCCACAGUCCCUUCCAUCAUAGUCUUUCCUCCUGCCAUCUCAGCUGUCUCAAGCAGACCAGAAGUGAAUGUCCCUACCUGAUGAAACAGCUGUGUCUUGGCCAUAGGAGUAAAGGUUUGAAAGCAGGACACAAACAUCCAAGAAUGAGUUUCUACCCCCUUCCGCUUCUGCUCCUUAUGCCUUCUCUCUCU